AUGAAUGAGAUGCAGAAAUCCAUCCAUGAGCUAGAACAUCAUAUGGACCCGAUGGUGGUUUCUCAAACUAUCAUACCACAGAGUGCGCUUCCAAGCAAUACUGAAAAGAAUCCGAAAGAACAACUUCACGCUGUCUCUUUGAGGAAUAACAGACACCUAGAGAAAGUUCCACCAAAGAAUAAGAAGGUAAAUGCUGAACAAAUCCCUACUAAGAGGACAGAGACCAAACAGAAGAGUGCUGAGAAUGUUACAGAGCAGCCAGAGGUGGUGGCAUGUAAGCCACCACCACUAUUCCCACAGAGACCCCAGAAGCAGAAAGUAGAUUUAGCUUGUAAGAAAUUUCUUGAGAUCUUGAAACAGGUACAUGUCAACAUCCCUUUGGUGGAGCUCUUGCAGGAGCUUCCAAAAUAUGCUAAGUACAUCAAAGACGUUGUUGCAAACAAAAGACGUCUAACAGAGUUCGAGACGGUAACACUUACUGAAGAGUAUUGUUCCAGAGUGAGGAGUAAAAUUCCUCCAAAGCUGAAAGACUCAGACAGUUUCACUACUUCCAUCACUAUUGGGAAUGUUGAGUUUAGGCGAGCAUUAUGUGAUUUGGGUGCUAGUAUCAAUUUGAUGCCGACUUCUAUGCUCAAAACGUUGGGUUUGGGUGAACCAAGACCAACCACUGUGACAUUGCAGCUUGCAAACAAAUCUUUGGUAUAUCUCGAUGGUAUAAUUGAAGAUGUCCUUAUGAAAGUGGAGACCUUCAUUCUUCCAUUUCAUUUCAUCAUUCUUGAUUACAAAGCUGACAAGCAAGUGCCUCUCAUUCUUGGGAGGGGAUUUUUAGCUACUGCUGAUGCUAUUAUUCGAGUCAGAGAAGGUAGGAUAUCCAUGAAGGUGGAUGGUCAAGAGGCCACUUUUGAUGUGUUCAAAGCUACUGAAUUGCCUACCCAUUAUGAGGAGCUGAAAAUGAUAACUAUUAUGGAGCCUGAGUUGACAAGUGCAGGACUUGAUUAUUUCUUGUCCUCCAAAGAUACCUUGGAGAGGGCAUUGGUUUACAAUAAGGAGCUAGAGGGCGAUGCAGAAGUUGAGGAGUGUCUUUUCAUCCUUGACACUUCUUGCCCAUAUGUGCAGGGAAAUAAGCCAUUCGAAGACCUCAAAAAGCCUGACACUUGGAAGAAGCCAAAACCCUCCAUUGAGGACACUCCGAUUCUUGAACUUUAA